AAGGUAACGGAUUGAGCAGGGCUGAUGGGAAUGAAGUGGUGUCAGAGCCAGGAAGGGUGUGUCUUGCUGGAGCAGGAAGAAACACAACCCAGGAGGAGGAGGUUUGCAAGCCCUUGUUGCUUCCUCCAGGAGAGAGGGACCCUCCUGGCACCAAGAUGUUCUUUACCUGUGGCCCUAAUGAGGCCAUGGUGGUUUCAGGUUUCUGCCGUAGUCCUCCAGUCAUGAUAGCUGGAGGCCGGGUUUUUGUGAUGCCAUGCAUCCAACAGAUUCAGAGGAUCUCACUGAAUACUCUGACCCUGAAUGUGAAGAGUGAGAAGGUGUAUACCCGACAUGGAGUCCCCAUCUCAGUCACUGGCAUUGCCCAGGUAAAGAUCCAGGGGCAGAACAAAGAGAUGCUAGCAGCAGCUUGCCAGAUGUUCCUGGGCAAAUCAGAGUCUGAGAUUGCCCAUAUUGCUCUGGAGACACUGGAGGGACACCAGAGAGCCAUCAUGGCCCACAUGACUGUUGAGGAAAUUUACAAGGACCGGCAGAAGUUUUCUGAGCAGGUCUUCAAUGUUGCCUCCUCUGAUCUGGUCAAUAUGGGAAUCAGUGUGGUCAGCUAUACUCUCAAGGAUAUACAUGAUGACCAGGAUUAUCUUCACUCUCUGGGGAAAGCCCGAACUGCACAGGUUCAAAAGGAUGCCAGGAUUGGAGAAGCUGAAGCCAAGAGGGAUGCUGGCAUUAGAGAAGCAAAGGCCAAGCAAGAGAAAUUGUCUGCUCAGUAUUUGAAUGACAUUGAAAUGGCCAAAGCCCAGCGGGACUACGAGCUGAAGAAGGCCAUUUAUGACAUUGAGGUGAACACACGGAAAGCAGAGUCUGACCUGGCCUACCAGCUGCAGGUAGCCAAGACGAAACAGAAGAUUGAGGAGCAGAAGAUGCAGGUGCUGGUGGUGGAACGAACUCAACAGAUUCAGAUACAGGAGCAGGAGAUGAUUCGGAAGGAGCGUGAGCUGGAGGCUAAGGUCAAGAAGCCUGCUGAAGCAGAGCGCUACCGGCUGGAGAAACUGGCUGAGGCUGAAAGGACACAACUUAUUAUGCAAGCAGAGGCAGAAGCUGAGGCAGUCAGGGUGAAGGGUGAGGCUGAGGCCUAUGCUAUUGAAGCUAAGGCCCGGGCUGAUGCUGAGCAGAUGGCCAAGAAAGCAGAUGCCUUCAAACAGUAUCAAGAGGUGGCCAUGGUUGACAUGCUUCUGGAGAAACUUCCAGAGAUGGCAGAUGAAAUCACCAAACCUUUGACUUCAGUCAAUAAGAUCACAAUGGUGUCGAGUGGGGCAGGGGAUGUAGGAGCUGCCAAGAUGACUGGGGAGGUGCUGGAAAUCAUGAACAAGAUGCCGGACACUGUGGAGAAACUGACUGGAAUUAGCAUCUCUCAGCAGAUGAACCAAAAGAAGCCAGGAAGAAUGAACUAAAAACAGAAGAUUUGAGGGGUGGGGAUGGAGGAGGAGAGAUCCUUCCUGAGCAUGAACUCCCGUGAUCCUUAGCUGUGUGUGUCCAUAUAUAGCCUUUUUCUCCAUCCAGAACCCUCCCAUAAUUGCCAAACCUUUAUGAACUCUACUGUUGCAUGUUAGCCAGCGUUACUCAAAACUGCUGAGGCCUGUCACCCUGUCGUGCAGCUGUUGUCUCCCACUUAACAACCCAAAGUGAACCUUAGAAUACACUGGCAUCCACCGUCACUUCGAAAGCAUGCUUCUGUUGCUCCUGUCCCUGCCAAGUUCACUGUGACUCAUGAUCAUCUUGCACUCCCUUCAAUUCAGUUCUUGUUUUGUUUACUUGGCCUGUCUCUUGGCCACCAUGUUCUUCUCUCCUGGAUGUGGUUUUUCUUCAAGGAUUUAAUGUUGGAUCUGCUUCCGGAAUUCUGGGGCGGCAACAAGAAUGUUAUUUGGUGGGUGAAGGUGAAAUCUGAGGACUGCCCCUUUUGAAGCUGCUUACAAGCUAUGAGCAGCUUGUAAAAAUGUGAAGUUAUGUUAUAUUUGUUCAGUGUUUUGCCUAAGGAGAGUUGUUGCCAAUCCAUGAAGACACUUAGAGAGCACUUUUGCAGGCCAGUGCUUAUAAAAUCUAGUGAAGGGCAUGCUCCUCCUAGCACCAGGUAGCUAAAGCAACCUAUAUCUUCAAUGUACAUAGUCCUUUGUCAGGUCUUCUCCUUUUUUGUGCCAUAUUUGCUAUGUGCUACACACAACUACAAUUUGUCCACUUAGCAAAACUUUAUUUGCUUUUUCUUAUUGUUUCGCCACACAGCAGCAACAACAACAUACACAUACAUCCACUUGAUCUUAUCCAGAAGGUCAAGAUGUGGACUUUGUCAGUCAAAUUUUCAGAUAUAUAAUAGGGAACCUGUGUUUACAGCAGUUUUUCUGCUCUUCAUGACAAAGUAUAUCUCUGCCAAAAGCACCUUUCAGAAAGGUGUGUGGUUGCUGUGUGAUAGAGGCUCUCAUAGCUGUGCAGAGCAGAGGCAGACUUAACACUGGUUGUGCAUUUAUUCUCUCUGAAUAUCAACAGCUGGCUGUGCCUUAUUGUCCAUGUUACCAUUUAGAACAAUCAUAAGUGCUUGCCAGUCCCACAGCUCAAAGAGGUGGGGUGAUAGGUGCAUGGUCUUUUGGGAAUUAUUUAAACCAUUAGUUCUUAACCUUUUAGUUCUCCAGGAAUUUUGGGCUUCAGCUCCCAUUAUUCCUAACUGUUGGCUAAGUUGGCUGGGACUUCUGCAAUCUGAAGUCCAAAAUAAAUGGAGGACCAAAGGCUGGGAACCACUUACAUAAACAAGGGAAUCGCACACCAUGGGUUGUUUCUGACCUGUGCUAUGGGUGCAAAUAUAUCUAUUUGAUUACUAGUUUAACUGUCAUGGUUCCUAAUUGUAGAAUCCUGGGAUUUAUAAUUUGGUGAGUCCCUGUUUUUCUAUUGAUCUCUCCUGAACUAUAUACCAUUAGAACUGUAAAUAUUUCUUCAUAGGUUGAAUCUAUGGCAGUUAAACAUGCUAUAAUUGUAGUAUGGAUGCACCCUAGCUCAGACUGUGUGAGACUGGGGAAAAGAGAAUUGUAUAUUACCUUAUGAAGACCUUCUAUUUCACCUAGCUUUUUGCUCUGGCCCUCUAGGCUUCUGCAUACUUGCAAAGAGAGACUUCUGCUAUAGUCUUAAAUGGGUGCUUGGGCCCUGUGAUUUAUCUGCAUGUGUAGAUGAGUCAUGACAUGAGAAAGUUGGUCCUCUGAGCAAUGGUUUUCCAAGCACUGACAAUCGAUCUGUGCAUUGGAAUGUUCCUUCAAAAAAAACCCUGCAACUCCCCCAGAUAUCCCUGGGGGAUUCUGGGAUUUGUAGUUCACAAAAGUAACUUUCCCACACUCUGCUUGUGCUCCUCUCCAUCAGAAGGGUUGUACACAGGAGAGGAAAGUCUUAAGACCCACAACCCCCUCCUCUUUGUUGCUGCCUUGUUAGUCAGUUUUGAUCCUUUGUGUUUUGAACCAUUGUCAGCCAUAUAUGUGCUUCUCAUUCUGAGCUAUGCAUGGCCAGACUAUUCUGUGAUGCUCAUGCUGCUUCUGCCCUCUUGUCCCAAGCUGACCUGCAGCCACUGUUGGCAAUUCCGGUGAAACGUGGCAGUUAACUGUAGUAUAGCAUCCUUGUCAAAUCAUCAUGGUGAAGUCACACACCGCUGUGUCUAUGCCAGCUCUAGCCUUGCUUGCUGUGUAGUGGGGCCUCAGUGCGGUGCCUUCUCUGACUCUUACCAAGCAGGACCUGCUUUGUCCUGAAUGCUACCGAGUUGUUUGGUAUAAAAUAAAACCUAAGAUUACUGCC